AUGUCAUCCAGUGGGACUAUUGAUAUUGUUAACCAGAAAACCAUAACUUCCGAGGUAGCUGCUUCGGUAACAUCGAAAUACCUGGAAAGUACGCUUUCGAAGAAUAACACAAGUGAUAUUGAGGAUGAAAGGUUUAUUCACGUCAGUUCACGUUCCCAUUCAAGGUUUACUUCCACCCCUGUAACCCCCAACGAGGUUCUUUCUCUGAAAUUUCAUGCUUCAGGCUCAUCAAUGGCAUACAGUAGAAUGGACGGCUCUUUGACGGUUUGGUUCAUCAAAGACGCAAGUUUCGAUAAGUCUGUCAAGGUUUAUAUUCCAGACUGUUGUGGAUCUGAUAAACUGGCCACUGAUCUGUCUUGGAACCCUACUUCCUUGAAUCAAAUGGCCAUUGUGAGUAAUUCAUCAGAGAUAUCCUUACUGCUGAUCAAUGAGAUAACACUGAAAGCAUCUAAAUUAAGAACACUAUCAUUAGGAAGCAAAACCAAAGUCAACAGCUGCCUUUAUGAUCCUUUAGGAAAUUGGUUACUAGCUGCAACCAAAUCGGAAAAAAUAUAUCUAUUUAACGUUAAGGAAGACCAUCGUCUUGUUCAUUCUUUGAAUGUUAGCGACAUAAGCCCUAAUCCUAACGACGUUGUAUAUUCCAUAGCAUGGAAUAAUAAUGGAAGUCACAUUUUUGUUGGCUUUAAGAGUGGUCAUUUGAUCAUUUUGAAAGUAAGAGACGAAAUGCUAGAAAUAUCUACCAAGAUCAAAGCACAUACUGGUUCCAUUACUGGUAUCAAAAUAGAUCCGUGGGGAAGAUACUUUGUCACUGGUAGCAGUGAUGGGAACUGUUAUAUUUGGAGCCUAAAGUCACUAUGUUGCGAGAGAAUAAUUCAAGAUUUAGACUCUGCCGUAGUAGCACUAGACGUGUGUCAUUUGGGUAAAAUAUUAGGAAUUUGUACAGAGGAUGAAAUGGUGUAUUUCUACGAUCUCAACGAAGCUAAACUACUCGAAUCCAAAUCUUUAGCCAACCACAAAUCUGACCUAGUUUUGAAAUUUUAUCCCGAUAAAUCAUGGUACAUUUUGUCAGGCAAGAAUGACACAUUAUCAAACCAUUUUGUAAAGAGCGACAAAAAUCUAAUAACAUACUGGAAAGAUAUGUUUGAUAGCUCAAUAAUUGAAAAACGCAGGAAGAACAAUAACAGCAGUAACAACCACAGCAAAAGAGUCAUAAAAAAUAGCGAUAGAAUCGUCAAAGACAGGCCGAGUAGAUUCAAUUCUAGAAAAUAG